AUGCAUUUUGAAUAUGCUAUAUUUGUUCGUAAAUUUGCCUUUAAGUCCGUAGGUCAACAAUUUCAACGGAUCUUAUCACAAAAAAAAGAUUCUUUAAACAGAAAUAAAAAAGUAAAACCAUUUAUACAAUUGAAUUUUGGAAAAAUUAUUGCGGCAGCUACGAUUGGCGGAAGUACACUUGCUGUAUCAAUAAAAUUAUAUAUAAAUUUUGUCCAAUACGAUGUAAUUUCACCUGAUAAAUUUAUUCCUUUAACAAUAAAUAAAAUAACUCCAGUCAAUUAUAACACGAGUAUUUUUCGUUUGAAAUUUCCGAAACCUCUAAAAGAAACAUUGCCAAUCACGUCUUGUUUUCAUAUCAAAGAUGAUUCAAUACAAAUUGUUCGCGAGUAUACACCCAUAUCUCCAACCGAUGAAAGAAAUUACAUUGAAUUAUUAAUCAAGAGAUAUAACGAAGGACAUUUAUCGCGAUAUAUUCAUUCCUUAAAAGAAGGUAAUAUUGUAGAGGUGAGAGGUCCGAUAUUGACCUUUCCUUAUACACCAAAUAUGAAAACACAUAUUGGAAUGAUAUGUGGUGGAACCGGAAUAACUCCAAUGUAUCAAUUAAUCAAGCAUAUUCUGUCUAAUCCUAAUGAUAAAACAAAAAUAUAUAUGAUCUAUGCAAAUGUCACCAAACAAGAUAUUCUCCUCCUUCAAGAAUUAGACCAAUUAUCUCAAGAACACGCUGAUCAAUUAAAAAUUUUUUACACUCUGGAUCAACCUCCUGACGAUGAAUUAUGGACACAAGGAGUUGGAUAUGUAUCCCAAAAUGCAAUUAAAAACCAUAUUCCUGGACCUCAAGAAGACGUGCUUGUACUCGUCUGUGGACCUGAUGGGAUGAUUCGAUACGUAAGUGGUGACAAGGCGAGAGAUUUAUCGCAAGGUUCUGUUGGUGGUAUAUUGAAAAGCCUUGGAUAUAAACAGCACCAAUUUGUGUAUCCACAAACAGCGGUAUCAUCAAUUCUAACCCUCCAUCCUACUAAUAUAUCUUCCGCUGUAACCUUCACCUCAAGUGCCAUCUCAACCAUCCAAACACCUAUAAAUGUAGUAUCCACAGAUAAUAAUAAAGUGAUUGCUGUUUAUUAUACUUAUUGGAAGCGUUCCUCAUUAGCCGAAAAUAACUUGCCAUGGACUAAAAUCACUCAUGUGAAUUUUGCAUUCGCGGUCGUCGAUGAUCAAUUCAAUCUGGUUCUGGAUGCACAAUCACAGACAGUGUUAACCACAUUAGUAACUUAUGCUCAUGCAGCUAAAGUAAAGGUCUUACUUUCAGUUGGUGGAUGGACAGGAAGUCAAUAUUUUAGUACAUUAUCCUCGACUGUUACAUCUCGUACUAAGUUCAUAAAUGCUACUGUAUCCAUGAUAAAACAACUUAAUUUGGAUGGGGUUGACAUUGAUUGGGAAUAUCCAGGAAGACAAGGAAUGAAAUGCAAUGCAGUGAAUCAAAAAGAUGAUGCUAACAAUUUUUUGGCAUUGCUAACAGAACUACGCUCUGCAUUAGGCAAUGACAAGUUGCUCACUUUGGCUGUACCAACUUCUCCAUUUGAUGGACCAAACGGUACAAUAAGUGACGUAAGCCCAUUUGCUAAAUUAGUGGAUUGGGUUAAUAUCAUGGCAUAUGAUAUUAGUGUCUCUGAUACAUAUACUGAGAGUUGGGCCCAAUUCACAGGUCCAAAUGCUCCUUUUGAUAUUCCUAAUACGACAAGUAACCGUAUAUCUUUUAAAAGUUCGAUUUCAAAUUGGGUAAAUGCUGGAAUGCCAAGUUCUAAGAUCGUUAUGGGUGUUGAAUUUAUGGGACGUGCACAAACUGCCCUAGAACCAAUGUCAACGAGCCAAUAUGUUAAGCGUAAUCCCAUUGUCCCUCAAGGUGAUCAAUCUGAUCAGAUGUCUGCUGAUCCAUGUCCUGAUGCUGAUUCUAGUUAUUCGGGUGUAUGGACUUGGAGAAAUUUAAGACAACAAGGUCUUUUGGAAUGCACUUUGGAAAGCGAUAGCCUUUGGACACGUAAUUUUGAUAACGUGACACAAACACCAUGGCUAUACAAUUCAGAUACAUAUAUUUACAUUUCUUAUGAUGAUCCACAAUCUUUGUACGUAAAAGCUAAGUAUACAAAGCAACAAGGAUUAAAGGGAAUUGCUGUUUGGGAAAUAGCAAAUGAUAAUGGUCAAGAAUUACUUAAUUCAAUUCAAAUAUUAAAUAAAAAUAUUCCAUCACCAACUAAUGAUUGUAGUAGUUCUGGUGGUAGUCCUAGUGGUAGUAGCACUGGUAGUGGUAGUUUUCAUAAAUUAGCAUUAAGUGGUCCUGCUAUUGCUGGAAUCACUUUAGGACUUGCUGCUUUAUUAUCAAUAAUUGCAUUUGUAUAUACUUGGUAUAAAAUCAAAAGAGCUGCUGUUGUUGGUCCAAUUAAUACAAAGUUUGUAAGUAACGAUGCUUAG